CAGGCGGUGCCGUUGUAUUUUGGCGGUUCGACUUCAACAUGGCGAACGCUAGCGGGAGUAACGUCGGUAGCAGCAAUGGCGAGGUGGUGGGAGGCGAGGAGUCGUCCCUCGCAGAGGGGUCGUCUACCGCUCACAUCCCAAAAGUGAAGCUUCUGGAUACCGUGGUGGACACUUUCCUUCAGAAGCUAGUGUCUGCCGGGAGUUAUGAGCGAUUUGCCAAGUGUUACAAGCGCUUCUACAAACUCCAGCCUGAAAUGACACAACUAAUAUAUGACCAGUUUAUAACUCAGUUGCAGACAUCCAUCCGGGAAGAAAUUUCCACAAUUAAGGAAGAAGGAAACCUAGAAGCUGUUUUGAAUUCCCUUGAUAAGAUUGUGGAGGAGGCUGAGGACCGAAAGGAGCCAGCAUGGCGCCCCAGUGGGAUUCCUGAAGAUGAUGUUCGCAGUACGCUGAUACCCUACUACUUACAGCAGCAAUCAUCCCUGAAGCGACUGGUCCAGGAACAGGAGAAGGAGAAUGUCAAACUGGCUGAAAUGGUCCUGGAAGGGCGGAAACAGGUGCUAGAGCUACAGCAACAGAUCCAGGCGCGGAAGCAAGCUUGGCAGGCUCUUAGCAAAAAACAGAGAGAGCUAGCAACAGUGUUGGAAGACCCAGAGUGAGGAGGCCAGUCAGCUGGACCCCACCCUUCCAAUACUCUCAAGACUCCUUGUCUCUGGCUUUGGAGGGACCCACAUCAUCUGAACAAAUUAAAUUUCGUGAGGACCCGUGGAGGUAGAAUCUACAGGGGCUGAAACUCUGAGCUACCUUGAGAGGGGAAGCCAGCUAAGAAGAGGGCUAUAAAAUGCCCACUGAUCCAAGAGCUGUAAAGGGAUCCACCAGAAGCCAAGGAUGCAGGUUAAGGCCUCUUCUUCAUGUGUUUUGGGCUUCUCUGGUGCCGUUCAUCCUGCUCCCCAACUCCACUUGUGAUUUCCUUCUAUUUCCCACUGCUUUGGAGUCAGAUGGGCCACAGGUUUUCACUCAUCUUGGGCCGGAUUUUAAUAUCUCUUUCUUCACUGAGCCCAGCACAGUUCCUCCCCCUCCUCACGUCCCUCUCAGUCCGGACUGCCCCAGCCACAGAGUUCUUGAAUCCUCUAAUCAUGGAAUCUGUUUCCAAUCUCCACUGAUUGCUGCCUUGCUGGCCAAGCUGAUGCCCUGUCAUGUUCUCCCCACAUCUGUAAAUAAACUUCCUACAUUACACUGUCAUCUCUCUGCUCCCAAGAUGUUUGCCCCUGUUGGCCUCAGCUGUCCCUGAUUUGCUGUCCUUAUGCUGGUCCCCAGGCUAACGUGGAGCAUUUGGAUCCAGGACCUUGAGUUCCUUUUGCAAUUAGGACAGUUUUCCCAGUUUAUACAAUCUAGAGCCUCUAGGUCUGGGAGAUAAGAUGGAGCUUAACUUUAGCCCUGAUAGGAGAACAUCUGGGAUUUCCUCAAUCCCCAGCUCUAUCUCAGUGAUUUUAGGCAAAUAAUUUUGUCAUUUUGUCUAACCUUGACCCUCACACCACCUUUCUUGUUUUAUGUCUGGGCUUGUUGAGAAUAAAUCUAUAUAACUUA